AUGAACCGCCCCAUCCAGGUGAAGCCGGCUGACAGCGAGGGCCGAGGAGAAGACAGGAAGCUCUUUGUGGGCAUGCUGGGGAAGCAGCAGAGCGAGGAUGACGUCCGGCGCCUCUUCGAGCCCUUCGGCCAAAUCGAGGAGUGCACCAUCCUCCGAGGGCCUGACGGAGCCAGCAAAGGUUGUGCCUUUGUGAAAUACGGCAGCCACGCCGAGGCACAGGCUGCCAUCAAUAACCUGCACGGCAGCCAAACCAUGCCGGGUGCCUCGUCCAGCCUGGUGGUGAAGUUUGCGGACACGGAUAAAGAGAGGACCCUGCGGCGGAUGCAUCAGAUGGCGGGGCAGCUGGGCAUCUUCAACCCCAUGACCAUCCAGUUUGGCGCCUACGGGGCCUAUACACAAGCGAUCAUGCAGCAGCAGGCGGCCCUGAUGGCGGCGGCGCAA